AUGGGUCGCAAACUACUGACGCUAGUGCCGUCAGCUCUGCCGUCCGCUGUCAACUUAGAGCGCUUCCAGUCAAACGCAACAGAUGCACCCUUCCUGUCUAUUGUAGUCUGGACUUCUCACUCGGUUAAUGGGUCCACACGUACGCGGCAAUUGGCUCUGGACAAGGAUAAGCGCCAGCUGCUGGAGCUGCAGCGUCUGCAGCCUGUAGAGGGCGCACGGAGCUGGUUCGUGGGUAAUGCUGUGGUGCAGGACGGUGGAGUGACGGUGUUUUCCCCUUUUGAUGCUCUUUUUGUACUGCUGGAUGCUGCGUGGCCUCAUCGUGUGAAGUUUUCAUCCGUCUUUGACCUAUUGACAACGGCUAACAAUCCGUGGCUAUUGCAGCUCUCAACGUUGUGUGAAGAAGAAAUUACAAGCAUUUGCGACGUGCAGACAGUGGAUGGCGAUGAAGGUCUUACGAAUCUUUAUGUUAAAGUGAAUGAGAACAAGACAAUGCAUUGGCUGAGGACGAAGGUAGAGAGAGUGGCGAAAGUGCUACUCAAACAGGAACAGGACGCAGCCGCUAAAGCUGCAAAUGCAACGGCAUUUGAUCAACACGUGAAUAUACCAGGACAUAGAGAGGAAAACGAGAAGAAGCAGAAGGAGGAGGAGGAGAAGAAGAAGGAGGAGGAAGAGGAUGUUGCUUGUUACUAUCGACAAGCAAUCGAUGUGGUGGGAAAUUAUCUGAUGGACGACUGGAUUGAUCUACUAUGCAACGAGUUUAAAAUCAAGAAGGAAGUCAAGAUCAAGACAAUUGCAAAAGCAAUGGCCGGACCGAUUGAUACGUUCAAGCGAUUUGACCGACGCGAGACCCCAGAAAACGGAGCCAAACGUCCGACACCUACCAGUGAUGCUAGUGCCAAGAAAAAGAGUAAGUUGGCCAAUGUGGAUCGAUCCGGAAUGAAAUCACUGAUGUCCUUCUUCGGCAAAAAAUAG